UUAAAAAAAAUUCAUAUGCUUAAUCUUAUUUAGAUUUAUAUAGUUAAGAAUGGAGGAACAACUGGAAUCGUGUCCUUACAACCCUGCCCAUACUAUCAGAAGGUCGAAGCUGCAAUAUCACAUUGUGAAGUGCAGUCGUUCAUUCCCAGCCGGACAUCUCGCUACUUGCGAGUACAAUGCUACUCAUCUGUUUAAGAAAGAGCAGAUGGAGGAACAUUAUCUGACGUGUCCUUCUAGAGCUCAAGUGAUGGUUGAGUACGAGGAGAGGAGAAAGAGUGGAUGUUUGGCUCUACCUAGACCAUCCAGUCCACCUCAGCUAGUGCUGGAUGAGGACUGGGGUGAGGAGGCUGACCGGAGCAACAGGGUCAGCUAUGACCCACAGAAAGCCAUCGAGAAGAGGAUGGUACUGAGAUCUUUGCCGAACUCGACACGAUCUCAGAGGAAUGAGUUCAAGAAGGCGGAGAAGGAAAGGUUGUCUAAUCUUCAGGAGCAAAUGGAGAAGGAAAUGGAAAAGGAGAAGAUGGAGACGAACAGAGUUAAGGAGAAAUUCUACGAUGAUAUUGAAGGUUCAUCUGCUGUAACUUCUGUUGCUAGCCACGGCGCUGGCGGAGGCCUGCUCUCAUAUUACAGUAAAAUGAUGAAGAAGAACUAGAAUGCAGACCGCUGGUACGAGUUUUGUACACUUUACUCUCAUCAUGAAAACAUAAAUAUGUUUGCUCUUUGUUUAACAAAAUUCUGUAGCAUAUGUUUAUUUUCAACAAAUAAAUGAUCAGCGCAUUUCCUUUGUUUU